ACACGCCAACGACGAAUUCGAGCAAACGGCAGCCACUCGAUGGGUGGGUGCCCUGUGAAAACGACUCCGCUGAAGGAGACUCCGAUCAAUCGGACAAGGAGGAGUCCGACUGCCAAAGAGAAAAAACGAAACUUCACGAGGACUCAAACAGAGCUCCAGCCAUCGCCAACGGAGCUCAGUUGAUCCGACCAGUGAUUGGAGUGUCGUUUGGGGGUGUGACAUCAGGGGUGUGUUUGUGUUGAGGCGGGGCAGUGCCCUUUGGCUGGCCAAGAACACGGGAAGGAUUCCCUACCGCAUCCGACUUUGGUUCCAUAUUGUCAUUUGUAGUGUGACCUUCUCCACCAACUAACGCCAUGGCUGUGAUGGGAUUGUUGAUGCCUGUGGCGGGCCUGAUCAAGGUCCGCUACCGUGGCGCCAAAGCGGAUAUCGAUUCGCCAUUCUUCAAGUUGCACUAUCGCACGUCAGCCACGUUUUGCUUCAUCAGUUGUCUUCUGGUCACUGCCAACGAUCUCAUUGGUUCCACCAUUGACUGUAUCAGUGGCACCAUCCCUGGCAAUGUUCUCAAUACAUAUUGUUGGAUUAUGUCCACUUUCUCCGUGCCGAGUAAACCGGGUGGUGUCCACGGCGAAGACUAUGCCUAUCAGGGUGUGGAGCCCCUUGGAGAUCCCAAUGAUCGAGUGAUUCAUGCCUAUUAUCAGUGGGUGCCAUUUGUCUUGUUCUUCCAAGGGUUGCUCUUCUAUUUCCCCCAUUGGCUUUGGAAGACGUUCGAGGACCGCAAAUUGGACAAAAUCACCAGCGGACUUCGCGGUCGGACACUCUCGUUGGAUGAACGCAAGGACCAAUGCUCGAUCUUGGUCAAAUAUGUCACGGAAACGUUUCACAUGCAUAACUUCUAUGCAUUCAAAUACUUCAUUUGCGAUAUACUAAACUUCAUCAAUGUCAUCGUUCAGAUCUACAUGAUCAACGCCUUCCUUGGCGGAGUAUUCAUGGCUUAUGGUUCGGAUGUCUUGUAUUGGUCAGAAAGUGCGUCUGAAACCCGCACUGAUCCCAUGAUUGAUGUCUUCCCAAGAAUCACAAAGUGCAACUUCUACAAAUAUGGUCCUUCUGGAACGAUCGAGAGACAUGAUGCCAUGUGCGUUCUGGCCUUAAACAUCAUCAACGAGAAGAUUUACGUGUUCCUUUGGUUUUGGUACAUUAUCUUGGCCGUCAUGACCUCCCUCUACCUUCUGUAUGUUCUGGCCGUGGUCGCUGUUCCCUCCAUGCGACGAGUUAUGGUGGAGAGAAAUGCCAAAUUUGACAUCAAGCUUAACAGAGACAAGGCUUUGAAGCAGAAGGAAAAGAUGGAUAUUCUCAUGCGCAAAGCCCAAAUGGGGGAUUGGUUUGUCAUUUUCUUGUUAAGCAAGAACUUGGACUCUAUUCUCUUCAAGGAGUUCAUCGUCCAAUUGGCCGAUAAACUCAAAACUGACGCAUAGGAUGAACUUAUCUGGGAUACGGAUCCUAGCCAGGUGCUAUUACAAGCCGAGGUCAAUUCAGACUCUGACGAUGAGGAUCCUACAACCGCCGAGGAUGACCCAUUCCUUGCCACUCCACCCCCUUACUCUCGAAGAGAUCACCCUAGUGCCCCCUCCCCUCGCGAUGACCCACCCCAUUCGCCUUCUCCACCCCUGCUCCCCGAUCCCGAUUCCGACGCCUCAACCACCGUGUCGGUUCAUUCUACCGAAGUUUGAGUGCCAAUCUUGGAAUCUCAAUCAAGCAAAGACCCCUGUCUGAAAGGAAAGUUCCCAUCAAACGACAAUCAUCACCAUCAGGAUCAUCAGCAACAUAAUUAGCACCAUCAUCGUCGUCGACCUCGCCGCCGAAUAAGCCGUAUCCUACUCAGAACCACUCAAGUUGCAACUCUUUUUCGACAUAAUUUUAUCCUUUGACAAGUACUUGCCCAAGUACUUGAGUAGCAUACCCUAAUUCCAAAUUGAAGUCAUACAUUAACCAAGACAAGAAAGAGCCUUGAAUGAAAAUCAA